AUGCCUGUCGUCACCACUGUCAUGUAUCCCAACGAGGAUGAUGCGACUUUCGACUUGAAAUAUUAUACCGAAACCCACAUGGCUCUGGUUGACAAGCACUGGAAAGAGCUGGGCCUCAUCGGCUGGAGUAUCUCCAACGGCCACCCUUCUGGCACCAAGCCGCUCUACUCAGUCGCCUGUACACUCGUGUGGCAGAGCAGGGAACAUGCCGAAAAGGCAAUGGCGCAUGAGUCGACGCAGCAGGUCUUUGGCGACGUGCCUAACUUCAGCAACAAGGAGCCCAUACUCUUGGCCGGAGAUGUAGUGAAGACUUCUGGUCUUCCCGAGUUGUGA